AUUGAGGCAGCAACCUAUACUAGGGCUAAUAACUCAGAAAUCCAGCUAACGUUAGCAUGUGUACUUUUUCCACAGACAAACGUUUCACAAGUUGUUCUUUUUUGUUUGUUGGAUAUUCUGCACCCAGGUUUUAUUUAAGUUAAAUGGUUUGAUAUUUACAGUAUAUACCUGGUGAAAAAAGUUCCUAAAAAGUUAAUUUAAUUUAAAAAAAAACUUGGAGGAGUUCAGACAUUUCAUUCAAAAAGAACCCAGGUCAGUGCCCUCAUUUAAACCAUGCAAACUUUGAUGACCUUGCAAGGUCAUUUAUGUUUGCAAAGUUUGAUGCCGAUGCUUUGCUUUUAAGAGACAUGUCUCUUAAAAGCUUUGGCAAGAAUCGUUAGGAACUGGAAUUGCUUCUAAUUCAAGUCUUGACUCUGUCACAGUGACAGUUCUUCUUUUUCACUCGUGCAAGUAAAUCUUUUAAUGCACACACAUGUGUUGUAAAUCUAGCUGAUGCAAUACUAGUUAGCUUAAAAAUGCCAGUAAUGUGCAUUUAAGGACAAACUGUGUUAUAUUUAAAGAUCUGUAAUAGCCUAACACUAACAUUUGUCCUACUAACAGCAGAUCUGUGUUGGCUCAGUGUUUGUUCACCCAGAUAACCCCAUUGCACCUUUUCUUCAGGACACCAUGUCUCCUCAAGUCCGACUCAGGCUGCUUCCCAGCGCCAGGUGCUUGUUUGACGAGCCCAUCCAGGUGAAAGUGGAUGGCCUGAGGUCCAGGCAGGUGGUCACCAUGAGGGCCAAAGCGACAGAUGAGAGGGGAGUGAUCUUCCGAUCUUCCGCCAUCUACAGGGCGGACAGGAGCGGCAAGAUUGAAAUGCAGCGGGACCCGGCGCUGUGCGGGAGCUACGUGGGCGUGGAGCCCAUGGGUCUGCUAUGGUCCAUGAAGGCCGACACGCCGCAUAAAUACUUCCACUGGAGCCUGGCGCUGAAUCCUCACAUGGUCAAGUUCUCUGUGCAUGACAGCGUAGCAGAGGAAGAUGAUGGCCAGGCUCUUGCGGAGGCAACCAAUGAGAGGUGUCUGAUUGCGGAAGGGGUCAGCCGGGUUGUCAUCAAACAGGGGACAUUUAGUGGUGUUUUGUUCACUCCUCCAGGCGAAGGUCCCUUCCCGGGUGUGCUGGAUUUGUGCACCUUCAUGUCUGAGAAGCGAGCCAGUCUGUUGGCCAACAAAGGCUUCAUGGUUCUAGCCAUGGCUGUGUUCAACGACAAACCCGCCAACAUCAAACACUUAAACCUGGAUUACUUUGAGGAAGCCGUCCAAUUCUUACAACAACAACCCAAGGUGGGCGGUAAAGGAAUCGGUGUGAUAUCGAGGUCCAAAGGAGGAGACAUCGGUCUGUCGCUGUCGUCUUUUACCUCCGGCGUGGAGGCAGUGGUCUGGAUCAACGGCUGCAGCGCAAACAUUGGCUAUCCUCUCCACUACAAGAACCGCCAAGUGCUCUCUGUCUUGGGGUCCAACCUGAGCAAGGUGUUGCCCACCCCAUCUGGCGCCAGCAUUGUCAAGUUCGGCGUGGGUGAUCCCGAAACAGAGGAAAACCAGGGCAGCGUGGUGCCCAUCGAAAAAGCCAAGGCACAUUUUCUCUUUGUGGCCUCGGAGGACGACCUCAACUGGGACAGCAAGGCCUUCAUGGAGGGUAUGGCGCAGCGACUGAAGCGUGAGGGGAAGAAGAACUUUGAGACUGUGUGCUACCCGAGAGCCGGACACUUGCUGGAGCCUCCCUACAGUCCUUACUGUUAUUCCGGCCUGCAUGGGAUUGUCCCUUCACCCGUCUUGUGGGGGGGCGAGCCCAAAGCCCACAUUGAUGCAGAGGUCCACUUGUGGAAGAAGAUCGAGGACUUCUUCAGAACUCGACUGAUCUAUAAAUUAUAGACUCAUCAAGCCUGAUGGGAAAAACUGAAGGACAGUCAAAAAAAAAUCAUGAACCAACAGUCAAAUUAGUAGGGGUGUCACUAGAUACUCAGUUCAUGAGACGAGACAAUAUCCGCAAUGGCAUCUACAAAAUUAUAUUUUAACAUUACUUUUAAUAAAAGUACACCGAAAAAAAUGACAAUAUAUAAUUUAAUUUCUACUACGUUACCUUGCAUUGCUCCUCACGAGGCUAUACUCUUCUGCACUACACACACAAAGAGACUGUAUGACUGACAAAAGGGCUCACUCCGUUCAUGCCGUUGUUCCAUGAAGCUGCAGUUAGCUUGGCCAGAUUUUUUUAAAAUCUAAAUUUAAUUUAUGUUAAUCCAUAAGUAUGAAAUGUAAGUGUGAAUGGUUGGUUGUCUAUAUGUGCCCUGCGAUUGGUUGCGACCAGUCCAGGAUGUACCCCGCCUCUCGCCCAAAGUCAGCCGGGAUAGGCUGCAGCAUACCCCCUCGACCCUCGACCCUAAUGGCCCCUCGACCCUCGACCCUAAGCGGCAUCGAAAAAAUGGAUCAUUGUUAAAAAAAUUAAAAAGGUUGCCACAAAACACUUCAACAGUGCCAUCUAGUGGUCAGAAUGAGAUCCAACAAGAAGACAUAUUUCAAAGAUUGAAAAAGGACAGUUGUUGCUCCAGUUUAUUUUUUUAAAGGAUAAGUGUUAUAUGUUAAAGUUGUGCAGUGUUGAGUGUUGAUAAAUGAAAAGACUAGUAGAGUAUAGU